AUGAUUAAUCUUUUUGUUGAUGGGGAUUAUUUUCUUACCGGCAUGGCGCCCACCUCUGAGGAGGCUGUGCGUGGUGGCGUGGACAACAUGCUGAACGCCAUUGAAACUCAACUGUUUGCUUCGACAGGGACAGCGGCGGUGGAGCAACGCAUCGUGUUUUUUUCCUCCUCCGUACUGAAGGCUUUGGAGGAGGAGCAGUCGCAGUGCCAAGUGCUCAUCACCGCACUGCGUCGCCUUCGUUUCCAAACGAUUGUGCUUGACAACAUUCCAAGCCGCGCGGGGUCCCCCGUUGACGCUGCCAUUUGCACCAGAACAAUGUCAAUUCUUGCAAAAACCCACGGAGGCCGCGGCAAUAAUACUAGCGAAGGAGGAGCCAAGGGAGAGAAGUUCUUGACACUUGUAUACUUUGCAGCGAACGCCUACAUAGCUUCCGCGUUGGAGUGGGCGCAUAACGCCGGUUGCGGGGUCUGUUUUGUCGUUUACGAUGGCGACAGUGUGGCGGACGAGCUGAUGGCGUACGUGAGUCCUACGUACGGUAGCGGCGGUGGUAUUGCAACAAUGACAAAAGGCGAAGGAAUCAACUUUAUCCCAAACACGGAGGCUGCAAGUGCCGCAUUGGCGGCUUUGCAGAAUGAAGGAAAAGAACUCCCACUCUCUGUUCUUGUGCAGCUAAAACAACUGCAGCAGCGGCUAACGGGGAUGGAUGUGGUGAUGCCGAGCACCAGGAAUACAAACAUCAAACCUGGGACGCAGUCUUCAACGUUGUCACUGCCCUCUGCGCCAGUGCGUGGGACAUCCGCGUUGCCGUCGGUGGAUGCUUCUUCCUGUCCGCACCCGCCGCCUAUUGAGGGAUCCCCCAACCCUUUUCUUCCAGAUGACAAUACGCUGGAGGAAAAAGGCAGACAUAUGAUCUCCACGAAGGCUAGUGCCCCCGCGCUCAGUAGUGCAGAGGAGCGAGAGUUGGACAGGCUGACGUCUGGCACUAUGAAGACCCCAGUCGAUGGUGCGAAUAAAGCAGCUCCUGUUGUACCGGGGGCUGACCCUGUCUCACAAACAAGUACCGCCACAGCUCUAGCUGUGGAUAAACCAACAGAAACAGCGACACCACCUGUGAGUGUGGCAAUGAACACGGCGCUCUCGUUGCCGCCCACACCUGCUUCGGUGACCGACGUUAAGCAAAACACGGCAACAGGCUGUGAGUUUCUGGAGCCAGACGUGUCGACACGUCUUCCGGCUGGUUGGAGCCUCAUGUACGACCGGCAACGACGUCGUCAUUAUUUUGUUCACGCAGACGCCCGCGGUAUUCUCAAAACCACUUGGAACCAUCCAGGCGGCUUUGAAGAUCAGAUGGACUUGGAUUGCCAGGUGGAGGAGUGGUACCGGAAGCAGCGAGAACAGUGUCAAGUAGGUGGUAUAGGCAAAAAUGUACCGCAUGCGCACGCGGCGUCAGUACCAUCAGCAACAACGGCAGGUGGAGGAGGAGAAGUGGCAUCAGUAGCAACUGAUUGGGACGAGUGUGUCGACCCUGCGAGCGGACGUAAGUAUUAUGUGAACCGACAGACGAAACAAACCUCGUGGACGCUCCCAAAAGCAGUGACAGGUGCCACUAGCAGUAAUACUGCAGGCGCGGCAAGAGAAGCGAGUUCAACGUCGAUGCCCAUAGCACCGGACACAACGCCGUUGCCGCCGUUCUGGGAGGAACGUUUAGAUCCAAAAUCGGGACGCAAGUUUUACGUCAAUCACCAAACACGUGAAACAACCUGGACGCAUCCGUUGCAGGCACAUGCCAUGACACCACAAAGGGCCCAGCAGUCGCAUACAGGGAUACCGGUGCGCACUAUCGACCCCAAUCCCGGCCCUCAUGCACUGCCACCUUUCUGGGAGAAGCGGAUAGACCCAACGACAGGACGACCAUUUUACAUCAAUCACCAAACACGUGAGACAACCUGGACAGCGCCAUAA